GUCGGAAUUUAUGUUUGUUUGUAUGUUGUUUUUGAUGUUUUUGAAUUGCAAAUAUUGGUUACUUUUUAAAUAACCACCCCUAAAUGGCUACUAUUGCACUUCACCCACCAACUCACCCUCACCAUUUUGGCCAAGUCUCAGUCUUCCCUGCAGAACUUGUUCCUCUCCGCCGCCAAAUUAAGCUGGAACAAAAAGUUUUCGAUUAAUGGGUGUGAUUGAAUUGUGCAAUACUUCAUCAAUUUGCAUUGGUAGAGCAAAACCCAGUUGUUUAAUUGAAGCAAAUCAUCAUCAAAGGAGGAGGAGAAGAAUUACUUGUAUGGCUUCUUCAGUUUCGGUACAAGAAGAGAGUAAUCAGCAGAAACAAUGUGUAAAUGGGGGUGAUUUUAUUCGACCCCAUCUUCUUAAAUUGUCUCCUUAUCAACCCAUUUUGCCAUUUGAGGUGUUGUCCACUCGUCUUGGUAGAAAGCCUGAGGACAUUGUGAAAUUAGAUGCUAACGAGAACCCAUAUGGUCCUCCUCCAGAGGUAAACGAAGCUUUGGGGGCUAUGAAAUUUCCGUAUAUUUAUCCUGAUCCUGAAAGCCGUACGUUGCGGGCGGCUCUUGCUGAAGAUUCUGGCCUUGAAUCUGAAUAUAUUCUUGCUGGCUGUGGUGCAGAUGAACUCAUUGAUUUGAUAAUGCGGUGCGUAUUGGAUCCUGGUGACAAGAUUGUUGAUUGCCCACCGACUUUCACAAUGUAUGAAUUUGAUGCAGCUGUAAAUGGUGCACAUGUCAUCAAAGUGCCUAGGAACCCAGACUUCAGCCUGGAUGUAGAACGGAUUGCCGAAGUGGUUGAAAGUGAGAAACCGAAGUGCAUAUUUCUGACAUCACCUAAUAAUCCUGAUGGGAGUAUAAUUGAUGAUGAAACUCUGUUGAAAAUACUCCAUCUGCCCAUAUUGGUAAUAUUGGAUGAAGCAUAUGUUGAGUUUUCUGGUAUGGAGUCUAAGAUGAAGUGGGUGAAGAAGCAUGAGAAUUUGAUUGUUCUUCGCACGUUCAGCAAAAGAGCUGGUUUAGCCGGACUGAGAGUAGGAUAUGGAGCUUUCCCAAAGAGUAUUAUUGAAUUCCUUUGGCGAGCAAAGCAACCAUAUAAUGUGUCUGUCGCUGCUGAAGUUGCUGCUUGUGCUGCAUUAAAGAACCCUACUUAUCUGGAGGAUGUGAAAGUGAAACUAGUGCAAGAAAGGGAGAGGCUUUUUAAUCUGUUGAAAGAAGUCCCGUUUCUUGAUCCAUACCCUAGCUAUUCUAAUUUCAUUCUCUGUAAGGUUACGUCUGGAAUGGAUGCUAAGAAAUUGACGUCUGGAAUGGAUGCUAAGAAAUUGAAGGAAGACCUUGCGACUAUGGGAGUAAUGAUCCGUCACUACAAUAACAAAGAACUGAAGGGAUAUGUUCGCGUCUCUGUAGGCAAGCCCGAGCACACAGAGGCAUUAAUGAAAUGCCUCAAGCACUUCUAUUGAUCUUGCUUGGGUUCGAAACGACAAAAACUGCAAGUGUCUUAUGUUCUCUUACAGUGAAAACAGAUUGUGAGUUUUCCUUUGCUAUUUUGCUAAUUGCAAAGGAACCAUUCUUCAGAAAUAAGUCUUUGUUUGGAAAUGAGGAGUCACAGAAUGUACAUUAUGUUGAAAAUGGUCAUGCAAUGAAAUGGCAUUUGUAGUUUUGUACCUUUA